CACAUGAAUUUGGUUGCUUUUAUUCUCAGCCUCUGGUUCCUCUGUUGUCUCUGUUUCUCAUUGCUGCAGGUAACGUUUGUAAAAUGUCAGGCCUAAGAGCUCCAUCUAAUUAUGCUGAGGAACCACCUCGUCAUCCAAGUCUCAUUGUAAAUUCCCAGGAACCUUUCAACGCAGAACCACCACGUUCAGCCUUAAUCGCAUCCUAUGUGACGCCAGUAGAUUUGUUCUACAAGCGAAACCAUGGCCCAAUCCCUGUCCUUGAUGACAUUGAAAGAUAUCGAGUUUCUAUAUGCGGUUUGGUGGAAAAGCCCUUGGAACUAUCAAUGGCUGAUAUUAGGAAGCUACCAAAGCACAUUGUGACAGCCACUUUACAAUGUGCAGGUAAUAGAAGGACUGCAAUGAGCAAAGUAAAAGCAGUGAAAGGUGUUGGCUGGGAUGUUUCUGCCAUUGGAAAUGCCAUUUGGGGUGGGGCUAAACUUGCUGAUGUUCUUGAACUUGUGGGGAUCUCUAAGUUAACAUCAGUGUCCCCAUUAGGAGGAAAGCAUGUUGAGUUCGUAAGUGUUGACAGGUGCAAGGAGGAAAAAGGAGGACCGUACAAGGGAUCAAUUCCAUUAAUUCAGGCAACAAACUCAGAUGCUGAGGUUUUACUUGCAUAUGAGAUGAAUGGCGAGCCUCUAAACAGGGAUCACGGGUAUCCGCUGCGCGUAAUUGUUCCUGGUGUUAUAGGUGCUCGUUCUGUUAAAUGGCUGAGUUCCAUCAAUAUUAUUGAAAAUGAGUGUCAGGGAUUCUUUAUGCAAAGGGACUACAAAAUGUUUCCUCCUACUGUGAACUGGGAAAAUAUUGAUUGGUCAACCCGGAGGCCUCAAAUGGAUUUUCCUGUUCAGUCUGUUAUUUGUUCUUUGGAGGAAGAAAAUACAGUGAAGCCUGGAAAGAUAGUAGUUCAUGGAUAUGCAGCGUCUGGAGGUGGGCGGGGGAUCGAAAGAGUUGAUGUAUCUUUUGAUGGUGGCAAGACAUGGGUGGAAGCAAUCAGAUACCAAAAGAGUGGAAUUCCAUAUGUUGCAGAUGAUACAAGUAGUGACAAGUGGGCAUGGGUGCUGUUUAAGGCUGAGGCAGAUGUCUCUCACACUACUGAAAUUGUCGCUAAAGCAGUUGAUAUAUCUGCGAACGUCCAACCCGAAAAUGUGGAGGUCAUCUGGAACCUGAGAGGAAUUCUCAACACUUCCUGGCACAGGGUCCAUAUUCACGUCCAACACCCUGAUUUGUGAUUCCAUAUGCGCAUCACACAUUCUUUGAGGGUUGUUUGGUGUCAUCUAACCAAGCCAAGGCAACCACUUCCACUGUGUGUGCAAUUGAAGCACCAGGAAAGCCUACCACAAACAGGGGCAACUUAAAGUCCGCCUCGCUUCUUCGUUACUGUGUUUGUGCAUAGUGAUGCAAUAAUUCUGUGCAAGGAUAUGUAAGAUUCAGACUGAUGUAUCAAUCAGAGUGUUGUCUAGAAUAAGCAAUUCGAGUUUGUAUAGAAAAUUUUCAAUCUGCCACCA